AUAGCUCAAUUUGUAAGACAUCGCAGGUGUUUUUAAACGAGAAAAUCCUUAACGCGUUCUUGGUACCGGAAGGGGCUGAAAUUGGACCCCUAAAACCUGGAAAAUGGGUUUCCCGCUAAUAUCUGACUGAAUAUGCCAAUUAAAGAAUUUUUGUUCAGACAAAAAAUGAAGAUCAGCUCAUUAUGUACAAAAAUGGCCCUUAUCAUUUUCUUCGAAAAUUCAAUAGUUUUCGAGAUAAUGGCACUCAAAAGUCCCCUCGUUUCAGCUGCUGCUCUACCUGCAGGAAUUCCUCUUUCUAUGAAUUAACGUGUAAGCGGGCGAACGAAUUGAAAUUUUUUGAUGAUUCAAAGUUCAUCGCAAUGGGAAAACCCAUAGCUACAAUUCCAUGUGACUUAAGGUCAGUUCGUAUUUGCCAAAAAUAUUUAAAAAAGCGAUCAAAGUUUUUUUCAACAAUAUCUAGAGACUGCUUCAUUAAUUUAUUCAUAUUUUCUCUAAAAAUAGUCAUUUAUUCUAAUUUGGCCUUUAUAAUGGGACCUUGGAGGGUCUUCAAUGAUCUCUACUUUUCGAAUAUAUUUUUUUAUUUUAUUUUAAUAAUUUUCAAGGAAUGAGGAAAAUUGAUCACACCAUUUCUUGUUCCUCGCUCUUUAUUUUUUGAGGAUUAAUAACUAGAUCAAAGUAAAGCUUGUAUUCUGACAUUUCCAUUGAUAUAAGUCAAUCCCCAUAUCCGUUCUUGGUUUUAAAAAGGUUGUUACAAUUAUAUACUUCAUUUUUACGCUCCCCCUCUGAGAUCCAUGAUAUUGUAUAUAACCUAACCUCGUGUACCCACGCGGCGAUAGUUGUCUGCAUGUGUUUGUAUACAAUCUCUGUUUUGGAGUCGUCGGCUUGACCGGAUUAUUGAUGUACUAAUAUUUUUUCAUUAUUUAUUUAAAAUAAAAUAAAUAUUUUUCAAUAAAUUAAUUCAGUUAUAAAAAAAAGGAGAAGUGUUUAAAGUGAGUGUUCAGUUUUUAUUUUGUACCUAUAAAUUGUUAUUUAAGAUAAACGUGGCAACCCUGUUUUGUGCCACGAUAACCCCGCGAGAAAGAGAAAGAAAGACAUUGCGUCAGUUGUGUAACAGCACACAAUGAGUACAGUCCACGUUUCAAGCUAGCUAGUUGUAAAACAUCUAUUAAAUAAAACAAGUUGCAAGUAAAAACAGUCAUUUCAAUUCGUCAUCCAAGACAUUACAUUUACACACAAACAGUGAAAAAUUUCCACGUUAUUCUUGUCUACAAGAAAGAAUAUUGUGAUGUUUGUUUACUUUAAAACAACAGUUUAUUUAUUAAUAAUUUAUUUAAACACAUAUUUACUUUAUAACACAACUAUUCUAAUUUUUUGGUAGCUCUUGGUGUUGUUGAAAUGGAAGCGGGUUCCGUUCCAGAAUGCUUUCUUUGUAAGGAGGGUGUUGUGAAUGACAGUGUAAAUGUUACUCGUGGUUUAGAAAAUUUGAUUCGAGUGAGCAAGGAGAGAUGCGAUAAUUUCCACCUAUUUCUCCAGAAACAAUCCUCUGUACGAAUGCACAACAAGUGUAGGGGUCGCUAUAUUAUUAAAUCUCGAGGCAAGUUCGCGUACAACGAGUUUGACAAGCAUUCUUCAAGACGGUUGGACCAUUUAACGAGCCCGAAGAGACAAAAGAAGCGCUCCCAUAGUGACUUUGACUUCAAAAACAAUUGUUGUCAGUUAGCUGCUUCGAUAGAAAAGGAGAAAAGAAAGAGCAUUUUGGUAAAGAAGCGUACCAUUGUACUUGUUUCGAACAAAGAAUUCAAGACCACACUUCUGAAUCAGAACACAGCUCAUAUUGAUAUAGGAAAGUAUGAAGCGACGCUAGAAAUAAUUUCUGGGAUCGACCUCACAGUUGUUGGUGCAAUAUAUCAUGAAGUAUGUCGACUGGUAUUCUAUCAAUUGUCUGAACAAGCUUCUGGUAAGGCUAAACCGAAGGGACGGCCCAAGAACUCAGAUAUUUCAGCACAGAUUGAGAGAAUUGUUGCUUAUAUUAUGGAAACUGGGGAAGAAAUGUACACCAUGGCAGAGUUGACCAAAAUUGGAGGUAUUUAUUAUUAUUAACCAGUUACAUGAUCUGAAAGUAACAAAAAUAGUAUUCGGUUAUUGGUAAUGUUUAAAAAGAAAAGGGAAGUGAAGUGAAAAUGGUUCAUAUGGAUUACCGAAUGAUUACGGACUCCGUAAUUUAGCGAGAAGAGGAAAGAUGCUGGCGCCAUCUGCAAUUGGUCUCUAAAAUCCAAAAGAUGAAGAUCAAUGCAUUUCCAACCCCAUCUAGCGGAAAUUCGGCAAGAAACUACCAUAUCAAUUCAUUUUUGUAGAGAAUGAGCUGAUCUUCAUUUUUUGUCUGAACAAAAAUUCUCUAAUUAGCAUAUUUAGCCAGAUAUUAGGAGAAAACCCGUUUUUUC